UUGUUAGUCGCCCUCCCAGCGGCACCAGAAGGAAUCACCUCCUGCGGAAGCGGGACCUGGCUGGCCCCGGCCCUCCUCCCUCGGAUACUCGCUCGCCCCGCGAAGAUUGGAGAGCUCUCCAGCUCCUAUCCCUGACCCCGGCAGCCCGGUCCCCGGAAGGUCUUUGGGGGUCACUUCGGUUAGAGCCGGGCAGCUGGCCUGGAACACAGACCUGGGGUGUUUGCCAUGGCCCCACACUGGGCUGUCUGGCUGCUGACAGCAGGGCUGUGGGGCCUUGGCAUCAGGGCUGAGGUGUGGUGGAACCUUGUGCCCAGGAAGACUGUGUCCUCUGGGGAGCUGGCAACAGUGGCACGACGCUUCUCCCAGCCGGGCAUCCAGGACUUCCGGACCCUGACGCUGACCGAGCAGACGGGACUCCUGUACGUAGGAGCUCGAGAGGCCCUGUUCGCCUUCAGCGUGGAGGCUCUGGAGCUGCAAGGAACGAUCUCAUGGGAGGCCACUGCUGACAAAAAGGCUGAGUGUAUCCGCAAAGGGAGGAGUAACCAGACGGAGUGCUUCAACUUCAUCUGCUUCCUGCAGCCCUACAACGCCUCCCACCUGUACGUCUGCGGCACCUACGCCUUCCAGCCCAAGUGCACCUACAUCGACAUGCUGACGUUUUCCAUAGAGCGCGGACAGUUUGAGGAUGGUAAGGGCAAGUGUCCUUAUGACCCAAAGAAGGGCCACACCGGCCUCCUUGUGGAUGGUCAGAUGUAUUCGGCAACGUUCAGUAACUUCCUGGGCACCGAGCCGGUGAUUCUGCGAAACAUGGGGCACCACUACACCAUGAAGACCGAGUACCUGGCCUUCUGGCUCAAAGAACCUCAUUUCGUCGGCUCUGCCUUUGUCCCGGAGAGCGUGGGCAGCUUCACGGGGGACGACGACAAGGUCUAUUUCUUCUUCAGUGAGCAAGCCGUGGAGUACGACUGCUAUACCGAGCAGGUGGUGGCCCGAGUAGCCCGGGUCUGCAAGGGAGACCAGGGGGGCUCCCGGAUCCUGCAGAGGAAGUGGACCACCUUCUUGAAGGCGCAGCUGGUGUGCUCGGCCCCCGACUGGCAGCUGCACUUCAACCACCUACAGGCGCUGCACACCCUGCAUGGCGCCUCCUGGCGCAACACCACCUUCUUUGGGGUUUUCCGGGCACGCUGGGGAGACAUAGACCUGUCGGCAGUCUGCCAGUACCAGCUGGAGGAGAUCCAGCGGGUUUUCGAGGGCCCCUUCAAGGAGUACCAGGAGCAAGUGCAAAAGUGGGGCCACUACACUGGCACAGUCCCCAGCCCCAGGCCGGGCUCGUGCAUCGACAACUGGCACCGCCGCCACAACUACAGGAGCUCUCUGGAGGUGCCCGACAACACGGUCAUCUUCGUCAAGAAGCACCCACUGAUGGAGGAGCAGGUGGGGCCGCAGUGGGGCCGCCCUCUGUUCGUGAAGAAGGACGCCAACUUCACCCAGUUGGUGGCCGAUCAGGUCACAGGGCUUGACGGCGCCACCUAUACAGUGCUGUUCGUUGGCACAGGAGACGGCUGGCUGUUCAAGGCCGUGAGCCUGGGGCCCUGGGUCCACCUGAUCGAGGAGCUGCAGGUGUUUGAUCAGGAACCUGUGGGGAGCCUGGCCCUGGACCGGAGCAAGAAGCUGCUCUUUGCUGGCUCCCGCUCACAGUUGGUCCAGCUGCCCCUGGCCGACUGCAGGAAGUACCGCUCCUGUGCAGACUGCGUCCUCGCCCGGGACCCCUACUGCGCAUGGAACGCCAACACCAGCCGCUGUGUAGCCCCUGGGGGCCACGCUGGAUCUCUUCUGAUCCAGCAAGUGACCACCUCGAACACCUCAGCCAUGUGCAACUAUCGAGGCAUUAAGAAAGUCAGGCCCACUCCCAAAAACAUCACCGUGGUGGUGGGCACAGACCUGGUGAUGCCCUGCCGCCUCUCCUCCAACCUGGCCCAUGCCCACUGGACCUUCGGUGGCCGGGAUUUGCCCUCUGAACAGCCUGGCUUCUUCCUCUAUGAUACCCGGCUCCAGGCCCUGGUAGUGAUGGAUGCCCAGCCCCGCCAUGCUGGGGCCUACCACUGCUUCUCCGAGGAGCAGGGCACACGCCUGGCUGCCGAGAGCUACCUGGUGGCUGUGGUGGCUGGCCUGCCGGUGACCAUGGAGGCUCAGGCACCCCUGGAAAGCCUGGGCCUGGUGUGGCUGGCCGUCGUUGCCCUGGCGGCCGCGUGCCUAGUGCUGCUACUGCUGGUCUUCUCCCUGCGUCGGCGGCUGCGUGAGGAGCUGGAGAAAGAAGCCAAGGCAGCCGAGAGGACACUGGUAUACCCUCUGGAGCUGCCCAAGGAGCCCACCAGCCCCCCCUUCCAGCCCAGCCCCGAGACAGACGAGAAGCUCUGGGACCCUGUUGACUACUACUACUCGGACGGCUCCCUCAAGAUCGUACCGGGGCAUGCCCAGUCCCAGCCCGAGACUGGGUCCUCUCCACCUUCGAGCAUCCCGGGCCAGCCCCUGCCUUCUCUCACACAGCUUCACCUAGGGAGCGGGCGGAACUCAAGCGCCAACGGUUAUGUGCGCCUACAACUAGGAGGAGAGGACCCGGACGGGCUCGGGCGCCCGCUGCCUGAGCUCUCCGAUGAUCUGAGGCGCAAACUGCAGCAGCGCCAGUCGCUGCCCGACUCCAGCCCCGAGGAGUCAUCCGUAUGAGGCGGACCCCCCACCACGUUGCGGGGGAGCGACGGCGUGGGAGGUACAGCUCCUACUUUUUGCACAGGCACCAGCUACCUCAGGGACAUGGCAGGGGCCACCCGCUCUGCCUGGGGCAGAGCCUGCCAUGAGGACCUGCCCCGCUCAGCACGGACACUGCCACUCGGUGUGACUCCCUAGGUCGCCAGACUCGCGGGGGACAUCUUCCUCCUCGGUGAGGAGCUGUGAAUCACAGAAACCCGGCACCCCAGCAGCCAAGACUUGUCCAGGCAGAAGUGUGUGACGUGCGUGUGCACAUGUGUGUUCGUGCAUAAAUGUGUGUGUGUGUCACGCUUGUGUGGCAUGGCUGCUGGCUUCUGUCAAGUCUUCCCUUGGCCUGGGGUCCUCCCGGUGAGUCUUCUGGAGCUAUGAAGGGGAAGGGGCCAGGCCACCCUGCCUCUUUUACACCCCCCACCCCCAUGUGAGGCAGGUGUGUACAUAUGGGGGUGGGGUGGGCAGGUGCCGAGCCCCUUUCAGGGGGAGUUAGGGCCCUCGGAGGGCACCGAGUCCUGACCCUAGGGCUGUGAAUGUUUUCUGGGGGGAGGGGGGGUCAGGAGAUGAACAGCUUGUGUGUUUUGGGGGGAGGGGCCUCCCACAUGGGCCCUCCCUCCAGGUUCAGUGGUAUUUUAUACUUG